AUGCGAGAGACGUUUCCUUCAUGUGGUUUCCCCCAGCCCACUUCACCCACCAAGCCAGGCUGGCCCCCGCGCCUGCCUGCUACCCCAGCGUGUGCUUUCUCAGGAAACACUUUGGAGGGACAAAGGCUCUGCGAAGCUGGGAGGUACGCAAGAAGAUGGGAUGAACGGUGGUGUUCAGGUGGUACGGUUUCACCCGGCCCAGAGCAGAAGACCACGACCUUCACCCUCAAGGUGGAAGGAGGUGAUGAGAAAUCCCGAUGUGGUGGGAUCCGUGCUGGCAGAAGGAGGCACUUCUGCAAACUUACAAGGAGUUUCAAGAGCUGCCACGCAAGUAAGAAUGGUUCCUUUACAUGUUACACGGAAGAUAGGUUCCUUUACAUGUUUCACGAGGUGUCUAAGCCAAGAAAGACCAUUUGUGCUCUUCAAAGCAUCGGGAUGGGAAGGGUCAGUACGAAGCUGGACCGCAGAGUGGGUCCCCUCGGUUCCCCCGCUGUCCCAGCCCUGCCUGUCAUAUCUUGGAUGAACAAGAGUGUUGUAUGGUGCUGCCUGGGGAUGGCUCAGGUAAGCAGCUGUAAUGGUCCCUCCAUUACCAGGAGGAAUAGCUCAGUGGGAGAAAAAGAAAACGGACUGCCAAAGAAAGGAGCUUUGAAGCCGGGAAUGCUUUUGCUGCGUGUUGCUCCAUGGCGUGACAGCCAGGCAGGAGGGGAGCUAGCACGAAAAAUGCCCAUUAAGGAAUCAAAAGAGUGUAUGGCUCCUCGCUGCUUUGAUCUUGUCUUCAAAGACGCCCUGUGAGCCUCCUCUUCUUCUGCAAGGCAAAGCC